UCGGUGCCGCGCGUGCCUCUGAACCUCCGCGGACACCCUAGCUUUCGGCUGCUGCUCCCCUGGCGGCUACCCUUAACCAAACCUCUUGUGGGUGGGUACGGCAGCUCUUUGGGGACAGAAGUCUUCCCUCUUCGUUGCGCUCUGCUUCGUACUUCGUAUUUUGGGCAAAUCUGAGAAGGCAGGUAUUAGCGCCUCCAUUGAGCUGCUACCAGAGAGGUAGGAGAAGGCUGAGCCUGGCGCCGAGUUCGGGCUGACUAGGGCCUAGACCCGUGAAACGCAGUCGCUGCCCGGAUGUUGCGAUGGCUGAUCGGGGGAGGCCGAGAACCUCAGGGACUGGCCGAGAAAUCUCCUUUACAGACAAUAGGUGAAGAACAAACCCAGAACCCCUACACUGAACUGCUUGUACUGAAAGCUCAUCAUGAUAUUGUACGGUUUCUGGUACAGUUAGAUGAUUACAGAUUUGCAUCUGCUGGUGAUGAUGGAAUUGUAGUUGUGUGGAAUGCCCAGACAGGAGAAAAACUUUUGGAACUCAAUGGACACACUCAAAAGAUAACAGCUAUUAUUACAUUUCCUUCUUUGGAAGCUUGUGAAGAAAAAAAUCAACUGAUCUUGACAGCCUCUGCUGACAGAACAGUUAUUGUAUGGGAUUGUGAUACUGGCAGACAAGUUCAGAAAGUGUCAUGCUUCCAGUCUACUGUAAAGUGUUUAGCUCUUCUUCAGAGACUAGAUGUUUGGCUUUCUGGUGGGAAUGACCUCUGUGUGUGGAACCGAAAAUUAGAUCUCCUGUGUAAGACUAGUCACCUUUCUGAUACAGGGAUCAGUGCUUUGAUUGAAAUACCUAAGAACUGUGUUGUGGCAGCAGUUGGCAAAGAACUGAUAAUUUUCAGGCUGGUAGCACCCACAGAGGGAUCACUAGGAUGGGAUAUUCUUCAAGUUAAGCGCCUUCUUGAUCACCAGGAUAAUAUUCUCUCACUGGUUAAUGUCAAUGAUUUGAGUUUUGUAACUGGCUCCCAUGUUGGAGAGCUCAUCAUCUGGGAUAUCCUGGACUGGACUGUGCAGGCCUGUGAACGCAACUUCUGGGACCCAUCUCCACAGCUGGGCACUCAGCAAGAAAUAAAACUCUGUCAAAAGCCAAAUGACGUUUCUAUUCAUCAUUUCACAUGGGAUGAAGAGAAUGUAUUUGUUGCAGUUGGAAGGGGUUUAUACGUGUAUAACCUUCAAAUGAAGCGUGUGAUUGCCUGCCAGAAAACUGCACAUGACUCCAAUGUCCUGCACAUUGCCAAACUUCCAAACAGGCAGUUAAUCUCAUGCUCAGAAGAUGGCAGUGUACGCAUUUGGGAGUUACGAGAAAAACAGCAGCUUGCAGCUGAACCUGUACCAACAGGUUUUUUUAACAUGUGGGGAUUUGGAAGAGUAAAUAAACAAGCCAGCCACCCUGUUAAAAAACAACAAGAAAAUGGCACUUCAUGUUCACUAGAGCUUAUUGGAGAUUUAAUUGGACACUCAUCAUCUGUGGAGAUGUUUCUGUACUUUGAAGAUCAUGGACUAGUGACAUGUUCUGCUGAUCAUCUCAUUAUUUUGUGGAAAAAUGGAGAACGAGAAUCUGGAUUGCGCAGCUUAAAGUUAUUUCAAAAAUUAGAGGAGAAUGGUGACUUAUAUCUUGCUGUCUAGUUUAAGGAAUUUGAACACCUGUGCAUGAACCUUGAACAGCAAAUAUAGGGGUAAUACGCUGAAAACCAUUACCAUAUUAAUCACUUAAAUUUUGUAAUAUUUUUUUUCUUGUUACUCCAUAAAAUUCCAUUUGUUUGAA